UAAUGACCCAUCAACCGCUGCAUCCGCUGCCGACGAACUUGCUCAGGACAUCCUCGCAAUCAAUACAGUCUUCACCUGCCGUAUGCAAGGACAACGUUCAGCAGCAAAUAAUGAUUCUAAAUUAGUAUGGCAUCGAUCCAGACAACAGUGGACUUUAUUUGGGUUUAUGAGAAGAAAUAUGUAA